UCUUCGUGCACCGCCUCGCGGCACCGCCCACCGGCUUGAAACCCGGCGCCUCAGAGGACUAUGCUGCGGGCGCCAACCGCCAGGGCCUCUGGGCGGGAGGCAGUGCGGUAGCCGGGAGUUGAGGGAACGGCCUAGCCUGGAGCUCCGACCUUGCGUCUUCCGACCUAACAACCCCGGCUUCUGAGCCUGGUGUGGGGCCGCCGCCUCCGCCUGGCCGUGGAGGCCGGAGCGGCCGGGCGGAGACUUCGGACUCCUGGGUGGGCGCGGGCGGCGUCUCUGCUGCGGGCAUCCCCCGAGGCCGCGCUCGGGCCAUGAUCGACUCGGUGAAGCUGCGCCGCGACAGCGCGGCGGACUUUUUCUCACACUACGAAUACCUUUGCGCGCUGCAGGACUCGGUGCCGCUGCCCGCCUUGCGCGCCUGCCUCCGGGAGGGCGUGCUGGACUUCAACGCAGAUCGCCUCCGCGGGGUGGACUGGGCGCCUCUGUUGAGCACCCUCAAGAUCAAUAAAGACCUGCCCUUGAUCUCCAUCAAGAGCUACUUCCAGCCUUGGCUGGGGGACACAGGUUCUGACAUAAAUAAAGUUUGCAGAAGUCGUGUUCCUGUGAUAAGAUGCAAAGAUGUGAGCUUUCAGUUGUGUAAAGCUCUUAAAGGCUGUUUAAGUAUAUCAAGUGUGCUAAAGAACCUGGAGCUAAAUGGACUGAUUCUGAGAGAGAGGGAUUUAACUAUUUUAGCAAAGGGAUUGAAUAAAUCGGCUUCUUUGGUGCACCUGUCUCUUGCAAAUUGUCCAAUUGGAGAUGGAGGUUUAGAAGUUAUUUGUCAAGGUAUAAAGAGCUCUAUCACUCUUAAGACAGUUAACUUCACAGGAUGUAAUCUGACAUGGCAGGGAGCAGAUCAUAUGGCCAAGAUCUUAAAGUAUCAGACCAUGAGAAGGCAUGAAGAAACCUGGGCUGAGAGUCUUCGCUAUAGGAGACCUGAUCUUGACUGUAUGGCUGGCUUACGGCGCAUCACCUUGAAUUGCAACAUACUCAUUGGUGACCUAGGUGCGAGUGCUUUUGCAGACUCUCUCAGUGAGGAUUUAUGGCUGAGAGCUCUUGACCUGCAACAGUGCGGCCUUACCAAUGAAGGAGCAAAGGCUUUGCUACAGGCCCUUGAAACCAACAGAACUCUGGUCAUUCUGGAUAUAAGAAAAAAUCCACUCAUUGAUCAUUCUAUGAUGAAAGCAGUUAUCAAAAAAGUUCUCCAGAAUGGAAGGAGUGCUAGAUCAGAGUACCAGUGGAUAACUUCUCCAUCGGUGAAGGAACCAUCCAAAACUGCGAAACAGAAAAAGAGAACUAUAAUUCUAGGAAGUGGUCACAAAGGAAAAGCUACUAUUAGAAUUGUUAUUUGGAGACAUAGAGGAUUGGCUACAAAGAAACCUGUAAGUAGUGGCAGAAAACACUCCCUUGGUAAAGAAUAUUACGCGCCCGCACCUCUACCACCUGGUGUGUCUGGUUUCUUGCCAUGGCGUACUGCAGCACGUGCAAAAAGGAAGAGGGGUUUCCCAUUAAUCAAAGCACGUGACAUAUAUAAUCAGUUGCAGCAACCAGGUUUUCCUGUGACUGUGACAGUAGAGAGUCCUUCAUCCUCUGAAACUGAAGAAGUUGAUGAUUCCUCAGAGAGUGUUCAUGAAAUGCCUGAGAAAACUAGCAUAAAACAAGAAGCAUUACAGGAAAAACUGGAGGAGUGCUUAAAGCAGUUAAAGGAGGAAAGAGUGAUAAGGCUUAAGGCUGAUAAACGAGUCAGUGAGCUGGAACAUGAAAAUGCCCAGUUAAGAAAUAUAAAUUUCUCUUUGUCUGAAGCCCUUCAUGCACAAUCAUUGACAAAUAUGAUCCUGGAUGAUGAAGGUGUUUUGGGCAGCAUCGAGAAUUCUUUUCAGAAGUUUCAUGCUUUCUUGGAUCUCCUUAAAGAUGCUGGGCUUGGGCAGCUUGCCACAAUGGCUGGGAUAGAUCAGUCAGAUUUUCAAUUACUAGGUCAUCCCCAGAUGAAUUCUACUGUUAGUAAUCCACCUAAAGAAGAAAAGAAGACACAUGAAGAAGAAAAACCAGAACCAAAGCAGAAUGCCCUAGGGCAAAUGCAAAAUAUCCAGGUUUCUAUUUGUAUGCAGUCAGCUUACAAUGAAGGAACACUAAUGAAGUUUCAGAAAAUUACAGGUGAUGCUAGAAUUCCUUUGCCUCUUGACUCCUUCCCUGUUCCAGUUUCUACUCCAGAGGACUUAGUAACUUCCAAAGACAACCUGGGAGUCCCAGCCACUGAGCAGCAGCAGGAGUCUUUUGAAGGAUUCAUUGCUAGAAUGUGUUCUCCUUUAGCAGAUGCAACUUCUGGAACUGGAAAUCAAAGAAAAGAAGAGGAGUUGUCCAGAAAUAGCAGAUCUUCUUCAGAGAAAAAGACUAAAACAGAAUCCCUUUGAAAUGACUGGAGAAAUAUUAAAAAUGAUAGCAGAGUUGGAAAACCAGAAAUUGAACAAUGUGGAAUUUCUGGAAGAUUAAAAGCAGGUAUUUGAAGUACCAGUUAAUUAAAGGUAGAACAGCUAAGCCAUUGCACUCAUCUUUGGAGCAUCUGAUUCUGGAGUUUACCACCAGGCUAAGAAAGCAGCUGUCUAAAGUGGGAGCUCUGACCCAGGAAAGCUGGGAUUGGAGAAUAAGGAAAUUAUCCAAAAUGGCUACAAGGAGGAACUGAAGUUAAGCUGCCCACAUGAUCUCUCUCUGACUACGGUGACCUGCCACUUCCGUUUAUAAUCACCGUGUAAGUGCCUGUAAUCAUUUGUGUUCAUUGAAAGUGAACCAGAAUUCCCAUUUGGAUGAAAAAACAACACUUCAAACUUUAAUCUUAGGCCCUCAUUUAUAAAUAUGGGCAGCCAAGAAUCAUCAAAUUUGAAGAAAACCAGUAACAUUAAAGGCAUAAAAUUAAAACAACCUGUUCAAGAAGAUAGUUACUAGAAGAAACAUGAAAAUUUUAAAUGAAUGAAUCAAGAUCUUUAGCAAUUCAUAAAGAUACUGUGUCCUUAAAGACUAGGAUGCUAUGAAAAAUAAAUAUUUAGAGUUUCUGGAAAUUAAAAAUAUGAUCACAAAACUGAAACAGUCAGAAGGUGGACUGCAUUGCAGAAUGGAUUCAGUCGAAGCUUAAAUUCAUGAAAUGGAAGAUAUUAAUUGGAAGAUGUUUCAUCAGCAACUAAAUUACUUAGAAAUCUUUCUCAGAGUAACUAAACAAAACGAACAAUGAAUCCAUUAGUGGUUUUUUUUUUUUUAGUCAAGGUUUCAUGUUGCCCAGGUUGGGGUGUGGCAGUGGGAUAACAACUCAUUGUAACCACAAUCAUUGGGCUUAAAUGAUCCUCCCAGCUCAGCCUCCUAAGUAGCCAAAACACACCACCAGGCCUGGCUAGGUUUUAAAAAUUAUUGUAGAGAUGGGUUCUUUGUUAGGCUAGAUUUGAACUCCUGGUCUCAAGUGAUUCUCCCACCUUGGCCUCCCAGAGUGCUGGGACUACAGACCUGAGCCACUGUGCCCGGCCCAGUGAAAGAUGUUUAAAUCAAAUAAACUGAUAAAGAUAUGAGGCAAACUACUUUGGCUUUGUGACCUGCAAAUCCCCUUUAUAAUCACUAGAGUUGCCUGCAAUCAGAAAGCGUCUAAAUAAAUACUAAUGAACAUAUGAAAACAAAGUCCAGCUAAAAUUCUAGGUUUUAACAUGAAUGGAGGCAGGGCAGGACAGAAAGUGAAAGCUUGUCCCAGAUCUUGUCUUAUUCAAGGGAAGGAUAUAGGUAGUGUUUGAUUCUAGGUGUUGAUUGAAAAAAUAUAUUAAAAUAUAUAUAAAGUUAAGGGUAUGUUAGUAAGGAUAGGUUAGGUGAUGAUGCAUUAACAGCUCCCAAAUUUUAAUUACUUUCAACAACAUAGGUUUACUUGUGCCCAUGCAAUUUGCCUUUGGCAGAUUGGCUAGAGGCCCCUAUUGAAUACCACUCUCAAUCUGGGAGUGAGGCUGGUGGAAUGUCACUAUUUGGAACAUUGCUGGUUGCAGUGUCCAAGGAAAGAAAGACUGUGAGGCAGCAUAUAUUGUGACUUAAAGCUUUUGUCUAGAGGUGACAUGUCACUUCACAUUUAUUUGAUCAAAAAAAGUCACAUGGCUAUGCCUGUGUUCAACAGAGCAGGGAAGUGCAUAAUUGCCAUUUGCCAUGAGACAAGAGGGAAGCAAAUAUAUAUCAACGACUUUAACAGCUACAAAACUACCUGGGAACAGGGAAUGGAAUUUUUAGAUCCAACAAGACAGGAAAGAAAAAAGAAACAAGCUACAUAGAAAUUUGUAAAAUCCAUAAUAUAGCAAGAUCAAGUUAUUUCCUCAUAAUAAGCACGAACAGGUUAAAUUCUGGAAUCCCUAGGCUUGAGUAAAAACACGAAAUCCCAUUUUGCUAUUUGCAAAAUCUAAAACACUGUCAUAGAUUAUGAAGAGAUGAAAAAAAAUAUACCAGGCAAAUGCUAAAGAGUAAACGUGGCUGUGUUAACUUCAGACUAAAUAGAACUCAAGGUGAAAAUCAGUAAACGGGACAAAGAUUCUUUUGGCUGAUACGUACCGUGUUGCAGAAGAUUUUUAAAAUAUAUCUGCAAUUUGAUAUGCUGAUAAAUAUGCAGAGCAACUGGAGUUCCUCACAGCUAGAAGGAAUGUAAAAUGACUCAGUCACUCAAAACAGGCAGUUUCUUUAAAUGCUAACAUACCCAUACCAUAUGACCCUGGGUAUUUAGAGAUGAAAACUUACGUUCACACAAAACCUAUGCAUGGAUAUUUAUAGCAGCUCCAUAGUCACCAAGAUGUCUUCCAACAGGUGACUGGAUAGAGAUGCAUCUAUAUUAUGGCAUACAUGUCACAAUUUGGAUGAAUCUCAACAUCCUAUGCUGAGUGAAAAAGCCAGUCUCAGAAGGCUACAUUCUGUAUGAUUCCGUUCAUAUGACAUUCUUGAAAAGACAAAACUAUAGUGACAGAACAGAUUGGUGGUUGCCAAGUGUUGGGGUUGAGGGGAGUUGAUUACAAAGAGGCCGUGAGAAGGAGGGUUUUUUUUUUGUUUUUUUUGGUGAUAAACCUUUUUGUAUUCUGAAUAUGGUGGUAAGUAACAUGAGUCUCUAUGUUCAAAUUUAUAGAACUGCACACUUUCAAAAAAAUCAGUUUUACUGUAUAAUAUUAGAGCUGAAAAAAACUCAGACCCCUCUUGCCCGUUAGUAGACCAAGAUAUGAAAGAUACCGUCGAACAUAAAUAAUUUUGUAUCCGUCAUGAAUACAAAGCGUAUUCUCUUGGAAAACCAAUGGAACAUUCAUAUAAAUGAUUCAUAUGAAGGAAAAAAACCUUGCAAAAUUCAAAGAUCAUACAGAUCAUGUGUUCUUUGUAUAAUGUAAUAAUAAUAACAAAGGGGCUGUCCACUUGGAAACUUUCAAGUGAUCUUCUAAAUAACUCAAAGGAGAAAUUCAAACAAAUUGCAAACUGCUUAGAAUUAAUAAAAAAUACUUCUCUAAAGCUGAGGAAUUCUACCCAAAUAGGUGUUAGAGGAAAUUUUAUAGAAUUUGAUUUACUUCCCAGAAAGAAGAUAAAAGAGAUGAAUUAAAAGUUUAAAACUAAGGAAAAGAUAAACCAGGCAUGGUGACUCACACCUGGAGUCCCAGCUCUUUGGGAGGCCGAGGCAGGUAGAUCACCUGAGGUUGGGAGUUUGAGACCAGCUUGACCAACAUGGAGAAACCCUAUCUCUACUAAAAAUACAAAAAUUAGCUGGGCAUGGUGGUGCAUGCCUGUAUUCCCAGCUACUCAGGAGGCUGAGGCAGGAGAAUCGCUUCCACCUGGGAGGUGGAGGUUGCACUGAGCCAAGAUCACACCAUUGCACUCCAGCCUGGGCAAUAAGAGUGAAACUUCAUCUCAAAAAAAAAAAAAAAAGAAAAAAGAAAACGAAGAAGAUAAACCAAAAGAAAGGUGAGGAAUUGGUAAAAAGCAGAAAUGAGUAAAAUACAAAGCAAAUUUUGAUCAGUGAAACAGGAUUUUUAAAAGACAAACCAUUGUAAACUAUGAUAAAGAAUAAAAAGCAAGAAGUAACUAACAAAAAUUGCCAGCAUUGGGAAUAAUUUUAGAAGGAUACCUACAAAUAUAACAGAUAUUUUUAAUUAUAAUUGAUAAUUUAUUACAAAUAACUGUAUAGCAUCAAACCAAUAAAUUUGAAAGACUAGAUGAAAUGUGACUUUUAAAAAAUAUGGAUUGUAAAAAUUGAUAAAAAGUAGAAAAAGUAAAUAAACAUCUUAGGAGAAAUUGAAAAAAUAGGACAAGAACUUAUUUUUAAAAAGAGGCCGGGCAUGGUGGCUCACGCCUGUAAUCCCAGCACUUUGGGACGCCGAGGCAGGCAGAGCACCUGAGGUCAGGAGUUCAAAACCAGCAUGGCCAACGUGGUGAAACCCCAUCUCUACUAAAAAUACAAAAAGCCAGGCUUGGUGGUGGGCACCUAUAAUCCCAACUACUCAGGAGGCUGAGACAUGAGAAUUGCUUGAACCCAGGAGGCAGAGGUUGGAGUGAGCCAAGAUUGCACCACUGCACUCCGGCCUAGAAGACAAGUGAAACUCUGUCUCAAAAACAAAAGACAGGCAAUUAGAAAAACUUUUAAGGGGCCAGGUGUGGUGGCUCACACCUGUAAUCCCAGUGCUUUGGGAGGUCAAAGUGUGAUGAUCACUGAGACCAGCAGUUUGACAUUAGGCUAGGCAAGCUCUUGUCUCUACAAAAAUUUAAAACAUAACAACAACAACAACAAAAACUUAGCCAGGCCUAGUGGUUUGUGCAUGUAGUCCCAGCCACUCAGGAGACUGAGAUGGGAGGAUCACCUGAGCCUGGGAGUUCAAGGCUGCAAUGAGCUGUGAUCAUGCCACCACUGCUCUCUAGACUGGGCAACAGAGUGAGACCUUGACUCAAGAAAAGAAAAAGGAAAACCUUCCAGGGUCACAUUUAUUUGUAAACCAUUCCAGAGGAUAGAAAAGUGAUGUAAAACUCUCUAAUUCAUUCCAUAUGGUUAGCAUAAUCCUUAUAGCAAACUGCACAAAUAAAGCACAAGGAAAACUAAGCCAAAUUCAAUUAAUGUAGGUGCAAAAAUCCAAAAUAAAACUAGCAGUUUGCAUUCAGCAGUGUAGUAAAAGAGACAUCAUUUUCAAGUAAGAUUUAUAUGAAAACAUGCAAGAUUGAGUCAAGAGUAACUCACUGUAGCUCACGAAAUUAACAGAAUUAUAUAGUCAUCUUCACAAGCUGAAAGAGCGUGUGAUAAAUUCCAUGUCCUCUGGUACUCUUAACAGUCUCGAAAUAGAAAGAAACUUCCUUAGCUUAGCUUCUUGGCUUGAUUAAAUAUACCUCACAGAAAUCUACAGGAAACAAACGGUGAAAAGUUUUUGCUAAGACAAAAACGUUACUAAAAGGUAUGCAUUUUGGGAAAUGAGACAAGGCUGUCACUGUUUGUAAAUAUGGGUUUUUUUUUGGACAAAAAAUUCCCCAUGAUGAUCUAUUGAGAUGCUCUUACAGCUAAUAAAGCCUAGUAAGGAGGCUGUGCACAACACCAACACACUGGUAUGAAAAGUGUUUGUGUACACCAGCAUAACCGAUUAGAAAACAUAUGAGGAAGUAGACUCAAAUCAACAAUAGCUGCAAGAAGUAUUAUCUAGAAGUAAGGUUAACAAGAGAAAUGUAAGGCCUAUAAUGAAUAAAAUGAUAAAUCUAUGCUACAGUAUAUAAAAGAAACACAAAAAUAGAGGCACGCCAUUUAUAAGACCCAACAUAAUAAAUAUAUCAGUUCUACCAAAUUAAUUUAUAAAUUCAAAGCAAUUUCAUAUAACCACAGCAAAACUUUUUAAAUGGAUGUAAUAACCUGAUUGUAAUGUUCAUCUGAAAGGCAUCAGGCAUAAAGCAAUUUUGAUUAGAUCUCAAAGCCAUCCAUGGAGCUAGAGUAAAUGUGCUGAUCACACAGAAAUAAUCACAGGUAUGUAACCAAGAACCUAGGAACAGAACACUUUAUAUGUAGAUAUAAAUAUAGAUAUAAAAUGGCAUCACAAGUUGGUAGAGAAGGGUUUGAACUAUUCAGUAAAUGAUAUUGAGGUUAUUUACUACUUGUUAUUAUAUCAUGGAUGAAAAAAAUGAAUUAAACAUGGAAAUGUAAAAGUAACUAGAAGAAAAUACUGGAAAAAAUUGUAAUAAAUUUGGUGUAAGAAAGGCAUUCCCAACCAAUACACAAAACCCAGAAGCCAUGAAAGAAAAAGAAAUGAUAGAUUUGAUUACACUUUGACAAAAUUAGAUUUUAUAAAUAAAAGAAUGGGAAAAUAUAUGUAAUAAAACAGAAGAUUUAAGAUGCGUAAUAUAAAAACACCUACAAACAAAAUGAAAAUUGGGCAAAGGACAUAAAAAUAUUUUGUAAAUAAGGAAUACAGACUACAAACAAAAAUAAUUCAACUUCGUAAGCAAUCAGGAAAAUAAAGUUAAAAUGAGAUACUGUUUUUCAAUACAUUGAAAUGGCAGAUAUUAAAGAUUGGUGAUAGUGCUGGAGAUAAUGUGAGGAAAGGAGUAUCUCAGUCAUUGUAGAAAUUGAUACAGCUUUCUGGGUGGACAGUUUAACAGUGUUUAUCAACACAUGAAACGUCUCCAGCCUUUGAUCUAAUGACUAAUUGUAGGCAUCCAGCCUAAAGAAAUAUUCACACAAGUGCUCAAAGAGUCAGAUACAAGACUAUGUGAAGUAUUUUUUAAGAUAAUAAAAAAUUAGAAACAGCAUAAAUGUACAGAACCGCAGAAAUUGUUGAAUUAGUACGUACCAACGACUGACAUAUAAUACUCUGCAGCAGAUAAAGACAAUAGCUCUCUAAUGUGGACAGAAAAUAUUUCUAAGACAUUGACGGAAAGAACAAGUUGCACAGCACCCACACACUCCUGUUUACAUUUGUGUAGUUAAAACCUAUUUGUAGCACAUAUGCGUGUGUGCACCUGAGAAAACAAUCUUUGGUUAUAUGUAUCAAGCUGUUGACAGUGAUUUUGUCCGCUGAAGGAGGAAUAAAGGGGGGCUUCUCACAUUUUACUCCAUUUGAUUCUAGGAUGUUUGAUUGAAAAUAAACAUGUUUUUAUGUAAAACAGAUAAUUUUUAAAAUUCUUUUUCAUCAUAGUAAAUGAAAAAAAUGUGUACUCUGUUAUCCUUCAUGCUCUGUGUCCAUUUUUUUUCUUCAGCAAUUUGUCUGACCUAUUUCCUUAUCAAUCUGAAUGAAAAGGAGUUUUACUACAUAACCUUUUUUCAGAGCUUUGUAUUCCUGAAGUGUUGUAAUUGCCUGCAUAGCAUAGUCAAAGGUUUUUAACUUAAUCACAACCCACAGUAAAAAUGAAGUUUUCUGCAAAGUAAAAAGUAGUA